UGCUCUCUGAAGCUGUUAUCAUCGCAUGCAUUGAUAAACUUCGAUUUUCGAUUUCAUAAUGUGACUUCAACAGUCGUGAAGUGACAAAGCCAAACUUAGCUCGAUGAUUAACUGGCAAAAAGAGCCAACAACGUGCUGACGCCAAUGGAUCUGGGGUCGCUCCCGUCCAAAGUCCAGGCUCUAAGCGACCUGGAGCUUGCGAUACUGUUAUGUUUGAUAGCGGAGCAGCACUGCAUUAUUGAAGCCCAAAAUGAUUCACUGGGGGCACUGGAAGUGGAGCUGCGACAGGUACUCUGGGAUACUUUCGGCCUGACCUCUGUGGCGUUGAGCUGCAGCGAAGACAUGACACUGGAGGACUUCACCAACAGUGUGCUAAUAGAUGACGAUGGGCCAGAUCUCUAUUCUUCCGAUCCUUUUAGAUCAAGUUAUCACUCGGCCAUAGCAGGUACAAAGUUCCGUUCAAUCCGAAGGUCCUCUCAAUUGGAUACUCCAAUGGAGAACAAAAAGCUCCCCAACGUAAUCAUCGCAAAGGAUCUCGAUCUCGCAGAGCCUCAUAUUCAGAUCCAAGUCCUCGAGUUGAUUCGAAGCAAACGAAUAUAUACCCGAACAGCAGUCCACUCUGCGCCGAAAUCCUUUUUGAUAUGCAGUCUAAUGCCUUAUGAAAGACCCAGACGACGGCGUCUUCUAUCUCAUCUUAACGACCAAAUGUUCAUCAGCCACUCGCACGGGCUCGAAGACGAAGCGCCCGAAUGGGAAGAGACAUCUGAUCAGCAUUCCACUGACCAAGCAUCGCUCUCCUCUGUUGUACGAAAAUCUCAUUCCUCGCAUAUGUAUGAGGGGAAAGCCUCAACAUCUACUUUUAGCUCCGAGGACAUCAACGCCUUGAAACUUCCCCUCCGGUCACUCAUGAUCACCGCUGAAGUCAAGCGGUAUAUGCAAAACAUCGUCACUUUUCUACGACAGCACCGCGCAGUAUAUGGAGGAGUUUCGGCCCGCGCAUCGAAACAUUUAGAUCUUCUAGUCAGGUGUCUCGCAACUCUCCAUUUUCAAGACUUUGUAACGCCGUCUCUGGUCGCACUGGCUAUCCGCAAAAUCUACCCUCACCGCAUACUCAUAGCUACGCCCGAGAAUGAAAGAAGUAUGCAAUGGGGAAGCGAGUUGGAUGCUGUGGCUGCUCUCCUCGACGGGGUUGGUCCGGAGGAUGUCAUCGAGGAUGUUCUGGCGGCGGUUGACCAGCCGCUGUAAAGGAUGCUUCAAAUCAAGUGUAGUCUGGGGCUCUUGUUCGGUUUUUUUUUUUUUUU